UCACAUCAACCUUAAAGAGAAAAGCAAAUUCAUCUGGAGAAUUUGAUAUAUAUUAUUGGCAUAAAUCAUGUCGCCUACCAGUGCUUCCCACCGUCGCACGCAUAAUUUACUCUUAAUAUCCAAGCUACUCAGUCUUCGCGAUUCUACGUCUCCGUUAACCCUUCUCCUAGACUCUCUCGAACAGCCUGCUACACCCUUGAUUAAGGAAUAUAUUAGAAGAGCAAAGCUAUCAAAAGUCCAUGUUAUAUUUGUCUCCUUCGAGACUCUGACGCGCCCAGAUGGCAUCGAUACAUUUAUCCUGGCCCGACGAAACAGUUUGGCAGACAUUGCAAAAGAAGUGGUCUCCGCAGCAUCGUCACCACUGCUGCCAUAUCCUUCAGCAGCAACGGCUUCAAAUAAAUCCCUUGUAAUUAUCGACUCUGUCAAUCCAAUGAUAGAUCGUAAGAGCGACGCGAACAAGGAGGUGAAUCCAGCUGCAUAUCUACGCUCAUUGCUAGGGUCACCCUCAACCAGCCCACAGAGCCAUGCUUCUACUUCCCUGAUUGUCGUGUAUCACCAGGAUAUACCCGCAUGCCUACAGAAACAAACAUUAUACACACCAACCACUUUAUCUCUACUAACAUAUCUCGCCACAACAAUCUUCACCGUUCACUCCAUGAGCCACAUCCUCGCCGAAAAAGCCGCGAGAGACAGGAGCCUUAUGGCCCCCGUCUUCGGUCUAGCAGAAGAAGCAGACGGCGUCAUCAUCGGUCGCCGCAUCGAGCACGGCAAGAGCACCGAUGACGGUGACCUCAACGGCGUCGUUAUUGAAAUGGAACAUCGGCGCAAGAGUGGCAGGGGAGUUGUGGAGUGGUAUUUCUUGCCACCUGCGGUGAGGAUUCAUCGGCAGCAGGUAAAAGAGAUGGUGAUGUUGCUCGACGAUCAUCCGCUAUAUCACCGGGGGGAGGAGCAGGGCGGUGCUGAAAGGGGGGGAUGGGAGCCGGAGUCAACAUUUGAGUUAGGUUUAACGGAGCGGCAGAGGUUGGAGAGGGAAGGGGUUGUGCUGCCUUAUUUCGAUGCGCAGAGAGCGGAGGGGCCUGGUGAGGGCGGUAGGAUCCUUUAUGAUAUGGGAGAAGAAGAUGAUUUUGAUGAAGAGGAGGAUGAGAUUUGAAUAUUUUAUGUUUCACAUGGUGCAAACGGAGAAAAUUCGUCUCGCGAAGCGGGUGGGAGCAGAAAUAUACUGCUACGGAGGAACGGGCCUGCGGGUUGAAUGUUAUGAGAUUUUCUACUUGAAAACCUGCGAGUUAGGGUUGCUGGUGUAGGAUGCUGGAAACAGCCGAUGCAAAUCGCAUCAUGCAUUUAUCAUGUAAGUUUGGCAAUUACAAAUGAUGUUAUACCUAGUGCAUAUGUGAUGCAGCAAGAGACAAUGGAGGCUGGCGGAUAUUUGAAUUGAAAUGAAACACAAUCACACGAAUAAA